AUGGUCGACUCAGCCGACGAGCCUCCGCUGUCAAGAAGUAGACACUCAUGGGCUAAGACCACCCUACAACCCCCGCCGUCGUCCCUUGAUCCUCGCCGACCCUUCCGCGAAGGCCCCUCACAACGUUCAGAUUUGCAACCUGAUCACGCCCAUACUCUUCCGCACCAUGCUGGCCACGAGCCCUCUGCAGCUGGUCCUGCACCUACAGACCAUCGCCCCGACGGAACGGAUAAAGAACAACAAGAUAUAUCGGUUGUGGAUAAGAAAGGAGAUGGAACGCAAUCUUCCACCAUAGGGACUACGGACACCAAGGAUAAGGCAUCCUUGGUUAGCCGUUUCUUCCGAGAUGCGAAGCGCAUCCUAUUCUCCAGUUGGGUCAACUGGCUCCUGGUCUUUGUUCCAGUCGGCAUCAUCCUGGGAAUUCUGGUGGAUUGGGCACACGUCGAUGUGGUCAGCCCCAGCGUUGUCUUCGCCAUAAAUGCCGUCGCCAUCAUUCCCCUGGCAUCGCUCCUGUCAUAUGCCACAGAGAGUGUGGCCGUGAGACUGGGUGACACCAUCGGUGCUCUGUUGAAUGUAACCUUCGGCAAUGCGGUUGAGUUGAUCAUCUUCAUCAUUGCCCUCGUUGCAAAAGAGGUCCGCGUCGUGCAAGCCGCCGCGCUUGGUUCAAUACUGUCCAAUCUGCUGUUGAUCCUGGGCAUGUGCUUUGUCGCCGGCGGCCUGCGAUUUCGAGAGCAACUAUACAAUUCCACCGUGUCUCAGAUGAGCGCAUGUCUUCUGUGCUUGAGUGUCAUCAGUCUUCUUCUGCCGACGGCCUUUCACGCGUCUUUUUCCGAUACUGAGACCGCAGAUCAUGUUGUACUCAAGGUCUCUCGAGGAACCAGUGUGGUUCUCUUGUUGGUCUACAUUCUAUACCUACUCUUCUCGUUGAAGUCCCAUGCCUUCAUGUACCAGAGUACACCGCAGCAUUUGAUCGAUGAAGAAUCCCACCCAGGAGUCCUUGCCGAAAUUCUCAACUCCUCGAGCUCUUCCAGCGAUGACUCAAGCUCCAGCUCCUCCGAUACCGAUUCCAGCACUGGCUCCCAUACUACUGCCCAACGUCUUCGACGUGCGUUACGUCGGCGGAGGCGCAAGUCAACCUCGAGCACAAAAGAAAGUGCUCCGCUCCCAGGCUUUACCAGAAGCUCAUCCGUACUCUCCGGUCAUGGCUGCUCAAUGCUUCAAACUGGGUCUCCGAAUUCUCAGGAACUCGACCCCGUCUUCAGUGGCGACGAGGCUGAUGUCGAUGGCGAGGGUCGGAGCGGCCGUCGUCGAUCGAGAGACCUCGCGGUGCACUCGCGCGAUUUCCAAAAUGGUGCGCACGCAGACCAUGUAUCGGAGAAAUCUAAGAAACGCCACAAGAGACAUAAAAAGUCCCGGUGUUCGAAGAAGAACAAGGAUAAGGGCUCGCAAAAGGACAAGGGAUCCGAGAAGGAGAAGAUGCCAGUGAUCGAGACCACAUUCGAGGAAAAUACUGUUCUGCCGGAAACGGACUUCCCCCAGGUGGAAUUCGCUUCGGACGUGCAGGAAACACCCAUUGAGGGCGCCUCCAAACGAGCCUUCAACAUCCGCAAUUUUUCGGAUGCGGUCAAGCCCGCUUUCAACUCGAAUGUCUUCCCACAUCAUCAAGCCACUGGCCGACCUCUGGCGAUUCCCAUUCGUCCUGUAUCUACGGCUCGCUCGCCUUCUCGGGGCAUACGCCGGACUUCUUCCAUGCCGGAGAUCCUUCAUCCGACGUUUUCACAGCCACGGUCAUCAUGGGCAGCGGCACCUCCGCAGCUCGAUGCCCCUCGCUCCGAGGCUGGGACAGAAGUAGAGGCUGAAGAAGUUGUGGAAAUGAAACAACACCUAUCUCGUACCUCUGCCGUCGUCCUACUCCUUUUCUGCACCACCUUUGUUGCGCUGUGCGCCGAAUUCCUGGUGGGCAGCAUCGACUACCUCAUCGCCAACAGUGGCGUUAGCCAGGCAUUCAUCGGUCUGAUCAUUCUUCCCAUUGUGGGUAACGCAGCCGAGCAUGUCACUGCGGUGACCGUGGCGUCCAAAAACAAGAUGGACCUCGCUAUCAACAUUGCGUUAGGUAGUAGCAUUCAGAUUGCACUAUUUGUCACUCCUCUGAUGGUCAUUCUCGGAUGGAUUCUGAAAACCGACAUGAGCUUGUACUUCAGUCUCUUUGAGACCGUGAGCUUGUUUGCCAGUGCUUUCAUCGUCAGCUUCCUGAUGAUUGAUGGUCGCAGCAAUUAUUUGGAAGGGGCCCUAUUAAUCGCCGCGUAUGUGAUUAUCGCGGUGGCGGCGUUCUUCUACCCGGCUUGCGACCUCAGUUCCGCCAGCGGGCCACUGGAAGGGACAAACAGAUGUUAG